CCUGGUCCCACUCUUCCCACCGCCUUUCUGUUUCCACGCUCUUGCAGCAGGAGAUAAACAAUGUCUGUGCAAAAAAAGCAUCACAAAUGUUCUGUUUUUGGGUGCACCAACGAAUAUAAAAGUCUCCAUAAACUCCCGGAAUCUGAGAAACUGAGGAUGCAGUGGAUACAUUUCAUUUAUGAAGGGAAUGUGCCAGAGAAAGUCGUCAAAAUAUUAUUUAUUUGCGCAAAUCAUUUUACGCCGGACUGCUUCACAAACGAGGGUCAGUUCAAUGCUGGAUUUGCUAAAAAGUUGUCUCUGAAAAGAGGGUCAUUACCAACGCUUCGUGCUCUAACUUCAGACCCAGCACAAAUCUGGUCCUCCAUACCUCAUAGCAAUCACUGCUCACACCUUCAUCCAAGCCAUUCCCAAAUGAAAGCUGUUGUAAAGAUGGAGGUUUUUGAAGGGGACAAUGAUAUGAGAAAUUCAGAAGCAUGUGGAGUGAAAGAUAAAGAUACAGAGGAACAAAGAGACUUGAUGAAUGUGCAAGAGGAAAGUGAAGAAUCGAAUGAAAUCGAGAAGAAACAUCCGAUUCAGAACAUUCAUGAUGCCAGAACUGGAGAAAAAAAACCUCAAAGAGCAAAAGCCCCAACAUCUUUUACCUGCUCUCAAUGUGGAAAGAGCUUCUCACGUAAUUCAGUCUUUAUUGUUCAUACAAGACGUCACACAGGUGAGAGGCCGUUCACAUGCCCUCAGUGUGGCAAGAGUUUCGUAAAUAAAGGAAACCUUUGUGGUCACAUGCAAAUUCACAAUGAAGAGAAGCCAUUUACAUGUGAUCAUUGUGGAAAGAGUUUCAAACAUAAAUCAGCCAUUCGGAUUCACAAAAGACUUCACACGGGUGAGAAGCCAUUCACAUGCGUUCAGUGUGGCAAGAGUUUCUCACAGAAAGGAGCCUUUAAUACUCACAUGCGAAUUCACUCUGAAGAGAAGCCGCUCACAUGUGAUCAGUGUGGAAAGUGUUUUAAAUGGCCAAAAAGUCUUCAAAUUCAUAAGCUCAUUCACUCUGGAGAAAAGCUAUUUGAUUGUGAUCAGUGCGAUAAGAAGUUUUUUCAGGAAUCAGAUUUAAAGGGCCACAUAAGAGUUCACACAAAAGAGAAGCCUUACUUGUGUUCUAUUUGUGGAAAGGCGUUUUCAUGGAGGGGACGUUUUAAAGAGCAUCAGAAAAUACACACUGGUCUGAAAGAGUAUUUGUGCUCUGAUUGUGGUAAAGCUUUUACUACAGCCCCUCUGUUAAAAGUGCACCAAAGGAUCCACACUGGAGAAAGACCUUACAAGUGUUCAUACUGUGAAAAGAGUUUCAAGCAGUUAGGAGCCCUUCAAGGACAUGAGAGAAUUCACACUGGAGAGAAGCCAUAUCAAUGCCAUCAAUGUGGCAAGAGAUUCAGCCAUUCCAGUACUGAACAGAUUCACAGAAAGAAGAAUUGCCCAAAAUUAAAUGGAAUGUCAGUACAAUUAUAAAGCAAUUUAUUAUUAUUAUUUGGAAGGGGGUGUUUUAUAUAAAUGUGGGAAUUGGCUGUCUUCAGAAAAGUGUC